CCUCACUCGGCCGCCGAUGCGAUCGCGCGCGCCGCUUUUUGUUUUGCAGUCAGUCGCGUUCGCAGCUCGCCGCGAGUGCUUCACGCUUUGCAGCAGGGGAUCGAGCAGAGCCGACAACCAAACUACCACCUGUGCUUUUCCGCUGAGAGGCAGCUGAUAUUGCUCGCUUGGUUGGAAAGCAACACGGCGGUUCGGCAAAAGGUUGCCUGCAGACGGGCACUCAACUCAAAAGGAUUAUUAUUCAGACGAUGGGACGCCGGAAGUGAGCCAGCCUCGUUAAAAACAAUGGACACUUCAUCGAAACGGAAAUUCUCACUGGACUCCAAGAGUUCAUCAUCAGGCCACCAGUAUGAUCUGCGCUUCACGAGAAGAAAGCUGAACAACAAUUACAAGUGGUGCUGCUGCGGGCUGGCCACAUUUUUGACCUUCAUGUUGCUGGCCUCCCUGGCCGUCUACUGGGCAUAUGAAACAAUGGAGGACGAGGAGCAGACGCUGCUGACGUUCCGGGCCAACUUCCGCGUGACGUCAGGCGACGCGUUCGAGCCGUCGCUGGUGGACACCAACUCGACGGUGUACCGCAAGAAGACGCGCGGCUACAAGGAGCUGAUCAAUCUGCUGGUGCGCCGUUCGGAGCACCGCGUCGGCUUCGUCGGCACCGAGAUCCUGGCGCUCGAUGGCGUCGACGAGAAGGGCAUGGCGGUGCACUUCCGCCUGCACUACGACCGCGACCACGCCAACGUGUCCAGCGAGCAGCUGCGCAUUCUCUUCCACAAGCUUGUCAACCGCACGCAGACCGUCCGUUCCGAGCACUUUAAUCGGCUCAUCAUCGACCCGGAGAGCAUCUUCAUUGGAGAGCCUGGCAUGAAUGACGAGGACGAAAUUCCAAGAUCUUUCAUGUCUGACCAGUCCGUGCAGAUCGUCGUGAGCACAACGACGACUGAGCCACCCCCGACGUGCACCAUGUCCAAACUCAGUUACUGCAAUCACGAGAACAUCACCGUUUACCCCAACGUUUUUGGGCACAGGAAUCAAGAACAAGUUACGGAUGACCUCGUUAGAUUCAGAGAAAUUGUGGAUUCCGAGUGUCAUCCAUUAGGUGCAUUCAACUUCGUGUGCAAACUGCUGCAACCAGCCUGCGAAGACCCUUUUAAUGUGACUCUUCCACUGACGUGCUUCUCCGAAUGCGAGUCCUUUAUGGAUAAUUGCAAGGAACGUUUGAGCGAAGAUCUGCAACAGAGGAUCGACUGUGAGCAGGAGGAAAUUUUCGACCGAGACUGUUAAUUUGUGUUAAUUUUAAGGACUAAGGAAACGUAGCUUUCAAGCCGUUGUUUUUAUUUAUUACCUGUUAAGAAAGUGCUAAAUAAAAUAAAUAAAAUCAAAACUGAAAAUAAGGUA